CGGCCAUCCGUUUUCCCGGCCGGCCGUACAGUUUUCCGUUAUUGCAUCGGUUCAUUUUUUUCCCCCCUCCCUUCUGUUCCCGAGCAAAAUAGAAACGCCGCCGCCGCCACCGCCACCGCCACGGCUUGCGGGAAUGUGGAGAACGCUGCGGAUUUCUUGAUACCUGCGCCUCUUCCCUCGUGGACCGACUUCUUCCCGGCUACUGCCGAAGCGAUUUCAAUUUAUCUUUGGCGCGCCGGCGAACGCGAAUACUGUGAGUUUCCCUGCCACUUUCUUAUGCUAAGAUUUCUUUUUGCUUUCUUUUAACGCUGCAAAUUCAGAAUUAGGGAAGAGAAUUUAGUAAGGUAGUUUCAAUGGCGGUUUCCCUUCAGGCUGUCCGAAUUUCACUGCAACUUUAAUUUCUGUCUAGAAUGCCAUUGCCAGUUUCGGUCCGUGAAAAGUCGACCUAUCUUGGCCUGUUGAUUGUCAGUUUUAGUUGAAGCGACUAAGCUUUCUGAGUACGUUGCAAACAUGUAAAUUGCUGCUAAAGUCAUUUAAUUUCACCUUAUUGCAGCAUUUUUUGGUGUUCUUCGGGGGGAAUUUUGUCUGGAUUAUGGAAGUAUUGACGAUGGAGGAGGAGUAAGGAUGAUUCAGGUUCAAUGAUAUGACCACCAGGUUCAAUGAAGCGACAAUGUAAGUUAAUCAUUUCUCAUUUGGAGGGGAAAGCAGCAGAAUUUGAGUAAUGUUCACUACUGUUUGCUGAGUUUAGAGAAAGGUAGGCCCAGCUAUGAGCUCGAGAUGGUGUGAUUCAGGAAAACAUAAGAGUAACAAAUGUGUUCACGAUUACUGCCUGAAUCUAGAGAUGUUUGUUCUUGUGGUAGAAUUGUUAAAUUGUGAAUCUUUUGUGGGGCUUUAUUAUGCAUUUUCCUUAUAUGUAGAUAUAUUCAAGGGGAGACUGCUGCUGUCACAUUAAUUGUGUGUGCCGUUGAAAAAGCGUUACGUUUUCCUCUCGCUGAUUCGGCUUCAAGAUUGAAAAUUUUGCCUAUAUAUAAGCUUCCGGAGCCUUCGAGGCAGUGAGCAGCUUCCCCAACAAUAUUGUGAGGUCCAAGGGAAAAUCCAGUCCUGUUGUGAUCUUCAGAGAGAACAGGUGUGCCACCCUUUUCGUUCUUUCCUACAGAGAAGUUCGUAUGUAUCACGUGAUUUAUAUCACAAAAUCGUUAGAUCUGGUUACUUCUAUAUGGUCCUAUAUAGAUCUUGUGAAGUAUUGUGUUUAAUUUUUGAAUUUCAUGUAUAUUUGCACAUAGUUCGUAAUCAUGUGUGCUUCUGUUUUGUGCAAGAGAUCUCUUUUCAUUUUUCCCUACAGAGAAGUUCGUAUAUACCACGCGAUUUUAUUACAAAAUCUUUAGAUCUGGUUAUUGUUCGUUAUAGUCCUAUAUAGAUCUUGUGAAAUAUUGUGUUUGUUUUUGGAAUUUCAUGUACAUCUGCGUAUAGUUCGUAAUCAUGCAUGCUUCUGUUUUGUGCAAGAGAAUUGGAUAUGACAGAUCUAAGGACCUAGUUGCCUUUGCAUCUCGUGUGAUCGAAUUCUAUAUAAUCCUGGAUGGAUCUUGUGAAAAAUUGUGUUUGGUUUUGGAUUUUCAUGUACAUGUGCACAUACUUCGUAAUCAUGCGUGCUUCUGUUUUGUGCAAGAGAAUUGGAUAUGACAGAUCUAAGAACCUAGCUGCCUUUGGAUCUCCUGUGAUCAAAUUAUAUAUAAUCCUGAAUGAAUCUUGUGAAAUAUUGUGUUUGUUUAUCGAAUUUCAUGUACAUUUCCACAUAGUUGAUUCAUAAUGAUGGAUGCUUUUGUUUUGUGCAAGAGAAUUGGAUAUGCCAGAUCCAAGGACCUAGCUGUCUUUGUAUCCCCUGCCAUUGAAUUCUAACCCUCCCACUUUUGCGUCUGCCUUUGAUUGUUUCACGUUUCCCUCUCAAAUAUUUGACUCUAUAGGAAAAUAAUUUAUUGGAUUACCCUUUGCAUAUUACUAUUUGAUAGCAAUGCCAACUAUGCUGAAGUCUUGUAAUUCUUCAGUUGAGAACUCCUGUUUGGGUAUUGAUGUCUCUUUGGACAAUUUUACUGUUCCGUUGGAAGUUCUUUAAAAACAAUUUCCUAUCUUCUCACACAAGAAAUUUGAUAUUUACAGUAGUCUUUGUUUAAAGCAUGUGACCGGAACAAGGUCUUAUUACUCUCUAGUUUUUUCAAAACAAUUUACAUGCAAUUCAUGAAUUACGCUAGGAACUCCAAAAUACAUGAGGGUAGGCUGUAUCUCAAAAAGUGCAUUCUACACAUGUAGGUUCAGCAUAUGAUUUAUUUCACCUUCUCCCAUAGUUUACUGCGGAAAUACACGAAAUCAAACUUUUUCCCCACAAGUACACGUUGCAUGAUGGCAUGCAACUGCGACAAGUAACAUCCAUUUACAAAUGCACUGAAGCAAACCAUGCCCUUAGGCAAAUGUGCUUUGUCCAUCUAUAAUUAGUUGCUAUUUUACCUUUUCAGCUGGUUGUUUUCUAUCUUUAGCAGUAGUCUAAGACUUGAAAGAGUUAUUCUGCCAUCUUUUUUCUUGCAGUAGUGCAUCGCAAACUUCAAGAUGAACCCGCAGAAUAAUCAAGGCUCUAGCUCUUCAACACCAGUAGACCCACCUCUGAAGCGCAGGCGUGGUCGCCCACGCAAAGACGAGGCCCAGCCCCAGGCAGAAACCAUGUCAUCUCUGCCUAGGGGGUUCGACCAUACAAGAAUAAACAACCCGCCUUUCGGUCUGAGCAACCCUAGUGGUAAUAGCGGGCUGGUGGCUGAUCAGGCACCAGCAGGCAUCAACAUGAUCGGCCAACCAUUUUCCGGCAUCAUUGAUGCCCAAUUUGAUGGCGGGUAUCUUCUCAAAGUCAAAAUAGGUGACAAUGACACUUACUUGAGAGGAGUUGCAUUUAUCCCGGACCGAGUCGUUCCUGUCACUGCCUCUAACGACUUGGCGCCACAGGCAAGAAUGUACACAAGGACUGAGGUCCAUAUCCCGCCUCCUCCACCAGCUCCACUCCAGCCUCAAGUCCAGGGCUCUUUUCCAUCGUCGUCAGAGCAAAGUGUAAAGCAAUCUGCUUAUCCAUCCAAGGCUGGUGUUCAGCAAUUAGGUUCAGUUACGCUACCUCUCACUGAUAAAUUCCUAGCAGCAAGUAAUGUGGGACCUUCUGCAGGAGGGAAAAUGAUAUCACAUCAAGUUUCAGAUUCUGGAGCUGCUUCCAUUUCAAUACAGUCAGUAAGUGGCAUGGUUUCCAAACAGGAUGAGUUACUGCAAGAGUUUGAUGCCUCGACAAGGAAGGUUACCGAUGAAAAAAGACCAGGUGGUCCCCCUGCAGCAGCUACCACCUUUGGUGUUUUGCCAGCCAGUGGAACUGUCAAUCUCGAGCUUCAAAUACAGCACCAAGCCGAUGGGCUUAAAGCCAGUCAGUCAGCACCUUCCUCAGCCACGGAUGGAGGGAAAAUUGCAAACCUGGAGCUCACCCAGCCUUCUCCUGUGAUCAGCGAACCGGGAAGGGGUAUCGUCUCUUCUCAAUCCAUGAGCAUGUGCUUGGGAAACCCAACUUCUCCAGGGAAAGCUGCACCACCAGAGUUCCCUUCUGCUGGCACGAAGGUUACUAUCACUGACACUCCAUCCCUCCACCUAAAUGGUGGUGGCAUUACUCAAAUCCCCAAAGUAGAUGCUAUGGCCAAGCCAGAUUCUGAGGGAUCCUCUGCUGCUGUUCAGAAAAUACUGGAACCCCAGUUCGUCUGUUCAUCUGGUGCUCAGAUAGAGCUGUUCGACAAAGAGACUGCUGUUGCUGCCCCGACUGCACCAAAGCUUGGAAAUGAUGGUAGCGUUCUUCCUAUAGUGAGUGAGCCUGAGUUUUGCAGUGCUACCCACAGUGCAAGUGUCGACUGCAACAACAUCAAAGAUGCUGCUAUUCCGCCAACCGAAUCUUGAGAUAGAAGGGUCAUGAAAUGAGUUUGUGGAGCUUAGGAUAAGGGGCACUAUGAAUAAGUAAAGCUCAAUGCUUUCAUACAUGGUGUAGUUUAGGCUUACCAUUAGAAAUCUGAAAAACCUCAGCUUAGGUUAUUUCUUUUGUGAAACCUCAGCUUAGUAAUUGUGU